UUCUCUCUGUAAGCAUAGAUGUUUAUCCUUUUUUCUUGUUUGUAUAUAUAAUUAUAUAUUCAAGUGUUUUGAGUUCAUAUGGUGGUAGACAUAAUUGGUACACUAAUUCUUUGAUUUGGAGAGAGGAGAUCAUUGACUCACCAAUCCAUGAGUCAUUAUACUCCACGGAUUAAUGCGAUCCACCAAUUGACAUUUAAAUAGAGGGGUCUCUGUUCAUUAGGCGAAGAAGCUUUAAGAAAAAAAAAAGGGGUACUCCGAGCCAAGCACCAGCCCUAGUAGGUGCUCGCUGCCUAUGCCAAAUGGUCUUUCUUUGGUACUACCUUCCUGGCAAGUUUUGCCUAUGUAAAUGAAUAGUCAAAUCAAAUUCCUCAAGACCAUGAAAACUUUCCUUUCUUGGGCAUACUUCUGUAUGAAAAUGGGACUUUCGCCUUCUUGUGAGUGAGGGCCUGUUGUUGUUUUGAGUUCAUAUGGUGAAUUUGUGCAGGUGGUUGCUGUUGCUGUAUUUCUAGCGUUGGGGUUUGCCUUCUAUGUUUUCUUUGCGCCUUUUGUGGGAAAGCAAUUGUUUCAAUACAUAAUGAUGGCAAUUUAUACUCCUCUUAUUAUAUGUGUCCUUGGUCUAUAGAUUUGGUGUGCUGCUGCUGAUCCUGCAGAUCCAGGAGUCUUUAGGUCCAAAAAAUAUCUAAAUAUUCCCGAAGACAGAAAGCAUGUCAAAUUACACAAGUCUGUACUCGGUCGAGAAUCAACUUUGUUGACUCAAGAUGCCAAUGCUGCCACAGAAGAGACAUCCCAUGAUAAAAGAAACAGAGAUUUAGGUGCAACAGCUGAUUCUACUGCUGAAACACAAAAGAAGAAUCAUCUCAUCAAAGAUCCUGCUUAAUUCCAAUGCUGGCUUCGUUGCCUUGUACUUAUGUUUGCAACUCAUGUUAUGAAUCUUCCGAUCAACAAAUGAGUGAAGGCGGGAUGUUCUAUUGUAGUUUAUGUGAAGUCGAGGUGUGUAGUUACAUAUGCUGUUAAAUGGUUUCUGCAUCCUGGAAUCACCCUCCAAUACUGCGUCACAAACUGAAAGCGUGGAUUGUCCUUAUAUAGCAUUUUUGAUGAUACAAAAGAUUAGAUAGCACUUGACAGUACUAAAAAGAAAAAGCAUGGAUUGUCCUUAUAUAGCAUUCUUGCGAGGAAGCAAUUCACUUUGAACAUCAGUUCCAAGUUAGGAAGCAGUUUCACACUGGUUCCAUUUGUCAUUAUGGUGGCAGUAUCUACCACAUUGGCCAUGAUUGCGACGCUGCCACUUGCUCAGCUCUCCUUCUUUCACAUUCUUCUUAUCAAGAAGGGAAUUAGCACAUACAAUUAUAUCAUAGCUCUGAGAGAGCAAGAACAAGAAGGUGUUGUUGGCCAACAGAGUCCUCAAAUGUCUAUGGCUAGCUCUCUUACUGGAUUAAGCAGUGCAAGCUCAUUUAACACUUUCCACCGUGCAGCAUGGUGCACACCACCACGCCUUUUCGUGGAAGAUCAUGUAUACUUGAUGUUACCUUAUUUUUUCGAAGGAGUGGAAUUCAUUUUCAGUUUAAUGUGCAUUCUUUAUAAUUCAUUGGUUUAUCCUUCAGUGUCACCAAUCAAUCAUAGUUUGUCAUUUUUGCUUAUUAUUGUGUAUGAUUGGGUCAAGUUCUUUAAUAUUUAACACUGUCUGUCGGUUUCAAAUGAAAACAACUGUUGGAUGUCGUAAUUGUUGAAGCUUGAUUA